AUGGUUGGCGGUGGCAUGGGCGGCAUGGGAGGCGGUGGCAUGGGCGUCAUGGGUGGCGGCGGCAUGGGCGGCAUGGGAGGCGGUGGCAUUGGCGGCAUGGGUGGCGGAGGCAUCGGUGGCUUCGGAGCUACCAUGGGCGACAUGGGUGGCAUGGGUGGCUUCGGAGCUACCAUCGGGGCCAUGGGAGGCAUGGGUUGUUUCGGAGCUACCAUGGGAGGCAUGAGUUUUGUGUGUCUCAUGCGAGACAUGGGAGCACCUCCGGCCGGCAUAAGCGGAAUGUCUUCCGAUGUGCCUCAUCACACAUCUUCCGUUGAAGAUCUUGCCAACACAUUCCCAGCUCCACAUGAUGAUGUGGCGUGCGACAAUGAAGAGGAGGAGGAAGAAUAG